UCACUAAAAUGGUUUGGUAAUGCUGAGGGCACAUUCCUUGUUGCCCUUGGUGGCGACAGGUGCCCUUUUGGUAAGAACGAAAGUGCUUGCACAUUUUUAGUAAGUUUCUUAAAUGUUAGCAAGAGGGUUGCCUCCAGUAAUGAUAAUUUUAUUACAUUCGGUGCCAACUGUGAGGAGUGUUGCCCUGUGGUUAAAAAGUAUGUGCAGCUCUUAUGCCAAGAAAUUACUAACCUGGAGGGAAAGGUUUUUGAAAUUGAGGGUCUCAAGGUUACUUUUAAAUUUGAAGAAGUACCUAAUGACAUGAAAAUGCUUGCUAUGUUGGGGGGAGAGUUAUCAAACAGUGCCAAGUUCUUUUCCUCCUCGAAAGAAAAUUGUUCAGAUUUAAAGGGUACAUUUGCAACUAAUGGUGGAACCAUGUGGCAUCCUUGGAAAUAUGAAGAAAGACCAAGUUGACAAAUUUAAGCAGUCUUUGUCAACAAAACAACUCAAAGAAAAGCAAUUUUGAACUAAGGUAACAGAUUUCAUCUCAAAGAAAAACAGUCGCCUGGAAUUUGUCCCAUUGAUUGGCAAGUUGAUAGAGAAAGCCCAUGUGGAGCCUCUCCAUGUUAAGAACAAUGCAUGGCAGUACUUUUUUAGGGGUGUGUUAAAAGAGGCUAUUGCAAAGUCUAAUCUUUCUGGUGCAUGCAAGAAGUUUAGUGAUGUCCCAAAGGAUAGCCCCUUUUCACGAGUUCUAACUGCCCUUAAGUAUGAAGUUAAAGCCAAAUGCCUUGCUAGAAAGGUUAUCAAAUGGUAUGAUGAAACACAGGGCACUGGUCAGGAUUUGCAGUACCGCUUUACGGGGAAAGAAUCUAGACUGUUUUGUCAUAAUUUCAUGUGGUUGGUCAAGUGGCUUGGCAGUGAGAAAGACUCUAAACGUCACAGGCAAACAGUUUUGAUCUAUGCUUAUGUUGGGCUAAAACUAAGGGAUUGUGUGUCCAUUUUUAAUAGGUUUGAUAUCACUGCUGAACAGCUAAGCCAAUUGGCUGUUGUUGCAAGGGAGUAUCUUCGGGCAAAUGCUUUAUUUCUGCCUUCAUCAGUCAAUCCCACUGUUUGGACAAUAGGGCACAUCAUACCCAGCCAUGCACAAGAUGUCCAUAGGAAAUACAAGCAAGGAUUGGGAACUGUGACAAUGGAAGGGAGGGAGGCCAAACACAUAGCUCUGAAGAAACUAAGUGAGAAUACAACUUUUCAGCGACAGUGGCCUGAAAUUUUUAAACAUGGAUUUGUCAUGUUGAUUUGGCUGCCAGAACAGGGAUUUCAGCUAAAUACUAGCAAACACAAUGCUGUUUACAUUCCAGCCAGGAUUUUUGAAAAUUCUGGAUACUGUUACUGUAAUCUUGAAAAA